AUGGCCGCUGUUAUGAUUCCCAUUGACCCGGACAAGAAGGAUGAUGUCUACUACCGAUACAAGAUGCCGGCGCUGCAGUGCAAGGUGGAGAGCAGCGGCAAUGGCGUGAAGACCGUCUUGCCGAACAUUCACGAAGUCUGCGCCGCCAUCAACCGCCCCGAGGAUGUCCUCAUGCGGUUCUUCCAGUUUGACCUUGGCGCGCAGACAACCAUCUCGAAGAAGGAUGACAAGUACCUGAUCAUGGGCUCCCGCCAGGAGGAGCAGAUGCAGCAGUCCGUCUACUCCUUCAUUAAAAAGUUCGUGCUCUGUGGGCAGUGCAAGAACCCCGAGACGGUUGUGCACUACGACGCUAAGAAGAAGUCCGUCACGAAGGUCUGCGGUGCCUGUGGCAAAGAAACGAAAUGGGAGGCCAAUCGCGCGUACACCACGAUGUACAUGUACUACAAGGACCAUCCAGAGGAGGCGACGGCAGGUAAGGGCACGGCGGAGGCGCGGAAAAGGAGCUGCUGCUGCACCGCGCCAACUGCUGCUGCUGCUGCCUCUGCGGAGAAAAAGGCGACGAAGACAGUCAUCGCCGCUUCUGACCUGAAGGACGAUCGCAAGGACCGGUCCAGGUGUUUGUAG